AUGGUGGUCUUCCCUGCUGUCAUUCACCACACCCAAGAGCAGAAGCUUUGCAUUCACCUCAGCUCCCUGACUGAGCCUAUUCACUUGGCUGUUACCUUGCAAGUGAAAACUCAGAACCACACAGUGCUUGAACAAGAUGUGGAGAAUCCAGGCGCUUUUCAGUGCCUCACCUUCCAGCCAGAGAUGGUGGUUUUCCUGCACGUCCUGAUCCACAGCAGGAGCAAUGUGCUCUUUGAGGGUCACAAGAAGGUUCUGGUCAAGCCUCAGAAGAAUGUAAUUCUGGUAGAGACAGACAAGGACUUAUACAAACCUGGAGAAACAAUGAAAUUUCGAAUUGUGAACCUCGAUGAGGACCUUAAGGUCAUUAAAAAGGAGGAUCCUGAAUAUAACCGCAUUGCUGAGUGGCGGAAUGUAAAGUCAAAACAUGGCAUUGUGGAUCUAUCCUUUCCCCUGGCCUCUGAAGCACUCCUUGGGAAGUAUACCAUCACAGUGCAACAAGAUAUGGCUCAAAAAACUUUCAGUGUUGAUGAAUAUGUGCUGCAAAAAUUUGAAGUAAACAUUGAGCACCCUCCGUUUAUCACUACAGUGGAUGAGGAAUUUCAGCUGAAGGUCUGUGGCAAAUAUACCUAUGGAAAGCCUGUUCAAGGGAAAAUAGACAUUGCAUUUAUCACAUUAUCCCAGUGGUUGGAAGGUGAUUUAACAAGUUCUACUGAGAUGAGGAAGCAGAGCAGAUGGUCAAACAAGAAUGGCUGUGCUACAUUUACAGUGAAGACAGAAACUCUGGAAUUGGAAGAAACUGACAGUUACAUAGCUGUGGUAGGAGAAAUGGUGGAAGAUGGAACAGAAACAAAGAUCAUGGAAGCAUCUGGAAUUCCUAUUUCAACUAGAAUGAAGUCUAUAGAGUUUAUCAACCUCCAUUCAUUCUACAAACAGGGACUGCCAUUCACAGGGAAGAUGUUCUGCCACAGUGGCGAGUUUCCCCUCAGCAAUGAAACAGUCUACCUAACCAUUGACGUCAACGAUGAGGAGAUGCAAUUGUCAUUCCUCACGGAUGAGAAUGGGGAAGUCCACUUCUCACUGGAUACCACCAGCUGGAAUAGCACAAUGGUUUCUUUGAAGGGCACCUACAGCCUCGGAAACAGUUCUUCUGAAAGUCACAAACAAGUUGACGAGAGCUUCCACUGGCUGAAACCUUUCUACUCUGAGAGCAACAGCUUCCUUGAGAUCAAGGCCAAGAAUGAUGUGAUGUCCUGUGAUCAAGAGCAGGAAGUACAAGUGGAUUAUAUCCUUGACAAGAAUAAGCUCAGCGCUAAAGCAGACCACAUUGAUUUUUACUACUUGGUGAUAGCGAAAGGCAAGAUCCUUUUCAGUGGAGAGAAACAGGUGCCAAUUAACCAGCAUGAGAAUGUCCAGGGCUCCUUCUCAUUGACCCUGCCUAUUGGCAAUGACUUCCUGCCUGACAUCAGGCUUCUACUGUACACAGUCUUCUUGGAUGGAGAGGUGGUGGCUGAUGUAGAAGAGUUUCAAGUAGAAAAGUGCUUUAAGCACAAGGUGGCACUGGACUUCUCACACAAGGAGGAAGUCCCAGGAUCAGAGGUCAGCCUGCACCUCAAGGCUGCUCCAGGAUCCUUGUGCUCUGUUCGAGCUGUUGACAAGAGUGUCCUCCUGAAGAACAACAAUACCCUAACAGCAGACAUACUGUCUGAUAAGGUCUUUGAGGACAGCUUCAUAAUUGGAGGACGAGGGUUCCCUUAUCACCUGGAAGACUUUGAGGCAUAUCCUUGUUUGCCCCAGCAACCCCACCUCCAUAAAAAGAUUCAAAUGGAAGCACCAUGGUACCAAAGUGAUGGUGAUGUCUAUAAUCUGUUGAAGAAACUGCGUAUGAAAGUAUUAACCAAUGCUAGAAUCAAGAAACCAGUUUCCUGUAUGAGACCAAACCUUGAGAGAAAGGUGCUUUCUGGAACUGCCACUAUGCUUGACAAUUUUGUCAACCAUGAUCAUUCUGCACCUCACCCUGAAGCCAAGAGGCCAAAACCACGGACCCUCUUCCCAGAGACAUGGAUUUGGGAUUUGGUCUCUGUUGGGAACAACGGCCAAGUGUCCCUCCGAGUUGCUGUACCUGACACCAUUACAGAAUGGAAUGCCAACGCCUUCUGUGUUUCUGAGACUGGAUUUGGGUUCUCCCCUCUGACCAGUCUCAGGGUCUUUCAGCCUUUCUUUGUGGAUCUGUCACUGCCAUACUCAGUAAUUCAAGGAGAAACUUUCAGCCUAAAAGCUAUUGUCUUCAACUACCUCAAGAACUGUAUCCAGGUGCACACCAUGCUCACAGAGACCCCAAAACUAAAAGUGGAGCUAUGUCCAGACUGCCAAUUCACCAGCUGCCUCUGUGCCAACGAGGCAAAAACCUUUGUGUGGAAUGUGACGGCCACCAAGCUGGGCACAGUCAAUGUCACUGUGGUCAGCACGGCAGAAGAUGCACAUGAUCUGUGUGAUAACAGGGUUGCUGUGACACCUUUGCAAGGAGAGAGAGACACAGUGAUAAAACCCCUGCUCAUUAAGUCAGGAGGUGUCCUACAAGAGAAGACCCAAAAUGCCUUUCUGUGUGCUGUAGAUAACACUGUCUCUGAAGAAUUCUCCCUGACUCUACCUGCAGAAGUGCUGGAGGGAUCUGGCAGAGCCACUUUCUCUAUGAUUGGGGACAUCAUGGGCACAGCACUUCAAAAUUUAGACCAGCUGCUACAGAUGCCCUUUGGCUGUGGUGAACAAAACAUGGUUCAGUUUGCACCGAACAUCUUCAUACUCCAGUACUUGAAUAAGACUAAACAACUGGAUGCAGAAAUUGAAGACAGAGCACUGGAAUUCUUGAGAAAAGGUUACCAGCGUCAGUUGCUCUACAGACAUGAUGAUGGGUCCUACAGUGCCUUUGGGAAAGCUGACAACCAGAGCAACACGUGGCUGACAGCUUUUGUAGCCAGGUCCUUUGGACAAGCCAGCUCUCACAUUUACAUCAAUAAGAAUCAUGUGCAAAGUGCUCUGCUCUGGCUGCAGAAGCACCAGCUGCCCAGCGGUUGCUUCCAGAGUGUGGGAAAACUCUUCAACAAUGACCUGAAGGGUGGUGUGGAUGAUUCAAUCUCGUUAACAGCCUACAUCGCUGCUGCGCUGGUGGAGCUCCAUCUGGAGAGCAAUGAUACUAUGCUGGAUAAUGCCUUACAUUGCCUCAAGAAUGUAACACUUGAUAAGACAAGCCUUUAUGUCAAGGCCUUGAUGGCUUACGUAUUCACACUGACCAAGGACACAGAGAUGAGACAGCAGCUCCUGGAUAUGUUGGAGAUGGAAAUUGCAAGGCUCCUGGCAUCACAUUCCAGGGGUGAAGAAUCUUCUUCUUUGAUUGAAACAGUAGCCUACAUCCUCCUGGCUCAUGUCUCUAAACCGGACUUAUCACACAAUGAAGCCUCAGUGAGCAAGCUUGUGCACUGGCUCAGUGGACAAAGAAAUGCCUUUGGUGGAUUUGCUUCCACACAGGACACAGUUGUCAGUCUGCAGGCCCUUGCUCAGUAUGCAGCCCUGAUUCCUCAGGAGAUGAGAGAUGUAAAAGUAACAGUAAAAGGCAAGGAGGCUUCCCCAUUGGAGUUCCAUGUGCACAAGAACAACAAGUUAGUCCUGCACCAAGCAUCUCUUCUUGACAUCCCAGGGACAUACACAGUGCAGGCAACUGGCAGUGGCUGUGUUUAUGUACAGACCACUUUGUACUAUAGCAUCCCACCACCAAAAACAGAAGAUGUCUUCACUCUGGAUGUGGAAACAGUACCAAGAGAAUGUGAUGGUGCCAGGAAACAGCUUGACAUCCAUGUGUCUGUCAGUUAUAUAGGGGACCGUGGGACUAGUAACAUGGCUCUGGUGGAGGUGGAGAUGCUGUCAGGAUUCAUUCCUGUGAAGAGCUCUGUGAAAGUGCUGGAGAAGAUACCACUGGUGAAAAAGACAGAGAUAAGACCAGAUGAAGUCAUCAUCUACAUAGAAGAGCUGGGUGGCACUACUUUGAAAUUUAACAUCUCAGUGGAACAAGAUGCUGAAGUACAGAACCUGAAAACAGCAAUGGUGCAGGUCUAUGACUACUACAAGCCAGAUGAACGCACAGCAAGAGAAUAUGCUUUCCCUUGUGGCUCAGACAUCCUGAAGAAGGAUUCCUAAUAGAAUGCCAUGGCUCUGCAACCUGAGCUUUCUUCCUCCAUAAGGAACUCUUCAUUGUUCUGGUUCCCCUUUCCCCCACCAUAUUGGACACACCCUAUUUCCUUUUAUCUGUGCCCUAAGCUCCUGUGUGAAACCUAGCUUGAUAUACAAUAGUUUGAGAUCAAGAUAAAUAAAGUGUGUGGAAUCUGGCAAGACAGCAGUGAUGUGACAGCUGAUGAAGUCUGCACAGAUUUUAAUGCUUGAAUAUGAGAGAAACAUUACUUAGAUUAUGGUAACAUACUUUGCUUGUAAUCACCAUAUUUGCUUAAGUCUUCCUAUCCUCCCUAAGUCACAGCUCUGGGCUAUCUUAUCAAUUGAGGCAACACACCUAUUUCUUCACAAACAAACUC